GCGCCCAGGUGGUGCCGACACGACGGGUGUUGGAUCAGCUAGCGAAAUGACCUGAGGGGCUGUUCAAGCUGUUGGACCGUGCGUGAGUCGAUCGGGGCAAUGCUGGCAGCACCCAACCCAAUCCCCGUCCACUCUCUCGGGUUCCGUGAUGAGAGGAAGGCACAGGGGAGUAUGGUGCUCGAGUCGUGGCCGCCUAUCCUGUGAAGCCUCAAUGAGGAAAUCACGACGACACUGGGAAGCAGCCCAAAGCACCUGAGUGAAGCACCUGAGUGAACAACAAGCCCACCCAUCAACUUGACGGAUAAUCAUAUACCUACGCACCACAUCGUUUGCAGACCCAAGACUGCGAUAAGUCCGCCUCAGUCCCCGUUCGCAUCAAUCUUCGUCUGCCACUCUCCCCAUUUCCUCUCGGCCUGGUCUAGACCGUCUGGGCCCUGAACCCUCGGCACGGCAUCGCUUGCGUCGGAGAGUUGGCAGCCCCGACAGGCGCCUGAAAACAGCCAACACAGCGCUGGGCCUCCCCUUGGCCUCCCCCAUCUGGCCGGUGUAACUUGGUAUUUUAUUUUCGCCAAGGCCCCGUGCCCAGCUGGUGGCUGGUCAUGCAUGAUUGACACCACGACCGAAUUGGCUGGCAGCCUCAGCGCGCCCAGGAGCUUGGGGUUUCUGUCUUUAUCUCUGCUUGGCCGCCCGCUCGACUUGCUCCCACUCCCUGCCAUGGUCUGGCGGGACAAGUCCGUGGCGGGACAAGCACGGAGACGCCAUCAGGCAAUCCGCUGAGGCGACGUUGAAAACCGUCCCAAGAAACGAUCCAAGCUGGCAUCUGAGCUGCUUCUGGGGGCUGAUGCUCAAUUGGUCCGACCCCAAGAAACAAAACGCAGGAUUGGGCACACGCAAAGGCUUCAUCCAUCCGAGGCGAACUGGCGUGCCCAGCCUUAUGUACGCCCAGCGGUUGGCGCCUAUUCCAGCGCGACGUGGCCGAGCAGGCCGAGUGUUUCGGGCUGGGCUUGUUGCUGCGCGAAUCUGCGCCAGGACGGCAACGUGACAUGACCUGGUCGCUCCCGCCCAGGCGCCCGUGUGACAGUGAUUUGGGGGAUUCGGCGCUGGAACCGGCACGGCGCGUAUUUCUGUUUGUGCUGCCAAGGUCCAGCGCCCUUGGUCACCCGCGGGAUACCGGUCCCUCGCCCCAUCCAAGCGUCUUGGGCCGACCUCGUUUUCGCCCUCCCAAGGCCCUCUGCUGGUCAUUUUACAGGGGCCAGCCUUGGGUCAGCCCCCGCCGGCACAGGCCAAUUCCCCUGGCCAGCGCUGCCCUGCUAAUAGUUCGACUUUGCGACCAGGAGAGCCUGGACAGGCUGGACAGGGAUCUGCAUCUGCAGAGAAAAGGGAUUCGAUCAAUUUACCUCGUCGCGCUACGUGCUCUGGUCACGGCCUCGAAGCUGCACAACAAUGAGUGAGCAAAAAAAAAAAAGACUAAGAGAGAGAAAAGAAAAGAAGACAGACAUGGAAAGGAAAUGAAGACAGCAGAAAAAAAAAGAAAAAGACACACACCGUCUCUCGUGCAACAACCACAGAGUUUGCACUCCCUCCCCUGCCGACAUAUGCCAGUGCCUUGCCCAAGCCCGAUCCCAUCCAUGUCUCGCGCUGGCUCGCCCGCCCAGAGCUGCCAAGUAUGAGGGCCAAGUGCCAAGUUGUGAGCUUUGUCGUCGCCCGCCGCGCACCAUUUGCCUGGGCUGUUUCCUCUCCAGUGAUCGUCUUCUCGUCGGACUCAGUUCUACGGCACAGGUGCCUUUUCUUGGUCUUCUUUUUCUUCCUGUUGGCGGUUCCCUUCGCUUGGGGGUUUCCCUCUUCCCAGAGGUUUUCCCCCCAAGACCCAGACGCAGAUAUCAGCUGGCGCAGUCCGCCUGCCCGUUGACGCCGUUUCCACCUCGCCCUGCCCUUCCUCUUCCUCGUCGAUGCAUCAUCGAUUGAAUCCCCGCUCGUCGCCAGAUCCGAUUCCCGCAGCGGCAUUAGUCGGCAUAUUCCGCUGCCACUUCUCUGCAAAUCGCCCACCCACAACCCCCCACCGGCCCGACACCCGACGCCCAUGACGAACUGAACAGAAACCGACGCCCUCCACUGCCGUGCAUCUGUCACCGGCCUUCCUCAUACUCUGCGAGCAGGGAGGGUGCUAGGAAAGCCUCUCUGCCGGGGUGUUUACUCAUAUUUCUGCGUCCUUUGUGGAUAGCAUCAGUGGUGGCCGCCCCAUAUAAAGUCUUAGUUCCGCGCAGCCCCAUCAACAUAGAACGGACACAGGGAAAAAAGGGCAAAACAAAACAGAAAAGAGUUUGCUGUUAUUCUUGGCACAACAGAAUUAUACUCACCCGGCCUGGCCUCUUGUCUCGGGUUUGUAGGCUCGGGGUGGUGAGCCUGCAAGGAAGUAGGAAGAGUAACAGAGCGCACUGAAAGGAUGGUGUCUUUAUUCGACUUUCAGAGGCGGAACAGGAAACUCCAGGAUGAAGAGAAAAACAUGGACGACGACGUGGCAGAGCAGGAUCUGCCCCCAUCCCGCGGCGUCCUGGCCAUCAGGCCGGUGCUCCAGGAGGCCUGCUUCGCUCACGCCGUCGCCAACAACGACGCCCGGGCGCUCGAGUGGUGCAGGGAGCCAGGCGAGCGCAUCAAGAUAAGCGUCGGCCACGGCGACGCCCGCUACCUCUUCCUGGUGCACAAGUGCCUCCUGCGCCAUCACUCGGAGUACUUUCGCGGCGUCCUGCGGCCCUCGGGCAGCAGCGCCUUGGGCGGCGGCGGCCAGCCCGAGGACGGCGAGUUCGACUUCCCCGAGGCCAACCCGGACGUCUUUGGCCGCUUCGUGCGGUGGCUGUACUCGUGCCGCGCCUGCAAGAAGCCGCGCACCUACGAGGCCGGUCACCGCUGCCCGGCCUCGGCCGCCCGCGACCCGGCCUCGUGGUGCGGCGUCGACCGCCCGCUCGAGGUCGACUACGUGCUGGGCGAGUGGCUCCUGGCUCCCCGGUACUGCGCCUUUGUGCUGUCCCACCUGGUGCCCCACGUCAGCGUCGACGGCGGCGCGGGCGGCGUCGUGGACCUGGCGCGCGUCCGCUGGAUCCUCGACAACACGGUGCCGGACUCGUCGCUGCAGCGCUUCGCGCGCCACUGGGUCUCGUGGCUCAAGCUGCGCUGGCUCGACGGCUCCGGGCCCGUCGACUGGGCCGCGCACCCGGACCUCGACGGCCUCGACGACGGCUGGGCCGCCACGGACCCGCGCAAGUUCCGCCUCGACCACUGGGAGACGCGCUGCGUGCCCACCACGGCCAACGCCCUCUGCCCCCACCGCGUCCUCGAGACGGCCCCCGCCGCCGCCGACGGCUCGCCCGGGUCGCCCGCCGACUCGGUCUGCAAGACGUCGGAGCCGCCGAGCGAGGGGGUGUGGGAGAGGUGCCGCGUCCCGGUGGUGGCGUCGUUUGGCGUGCUGGUGCUGGUCUAUCACAUACUCUUCCCCUUUGCAUGGGUGGGCAUCGCGUCCUACAUCGUCGUGGCCGACGACGACCCCCUGCUCAUGGAGGCGUCAAAGUUUUACAGCCUCGUCAUGGGCUGCGUCGCCGUGCUGGGCAUAUAUCCGAUAUGCAUGAGGAUGAUGAAGUCCAUGUACUUUGCCAUGGCCUGCUCCGUCUUUGUCAUUGUGGCCAGCGUGCUCUCCUUUGCGUCGUCUGCCACCUGUCUGGCUGCCGCCGAUCGUGAACUCGAGUUGAAUAUCUGCAAGAUGGAGAUAGGAGUUGGAGUGUUGCAACUUUUCUACGCCAUCAUCGUGGCCACGUCAUAUAAAUGGUAAACGGAGCGGUACACAGGACCUGCAUUUGGCCGGCGUUUUUCUUGCACGUUUUCCCUAUUUGUUUCGGGGCCUUGCUGGGUUUUGGGGCGGUUUAGGUUGUUGAUUUAUGACGGCUUACGAGUUGGGGUGGGACAGGAUGGGAAGAUAUGAUACCAGGUCAGCAGCCAUGAUGCGCGUCAUUCAUGGCCGGCCACUGAACGAUAGCUACCACUUGGGUAUGUGAACUGACUACUAGCGCCUUUCUAACUUGCACGCUAAAUACUACCCAAGGUCGAUACUCUAGCA